UAUAGCUUGUUGUUGCAGCUGAAAGUCAAGAUGAGAAGAAGCUGGAUGAUAAACAGGAAACUGUAACUGAAGAAUGGUUGCAUGAUCAAGCCAGAAGAGCCCAAGCAAGGCAGAAGAUCUUCUGGGUUUUAGAUCACCAAGAGGAAGAUCCAAGUGUUGAUUCAGCUUUCAAUGAAACUCCUCAAGGCAAAACCACCAUCAGUAGCAGUCAAAUAGAAAGAUAUCGAGAAGAAGAAGAAUACAUGGCUUUUGUCCGGGAUGUUACUGAAGAUAUUCUGAAGAAAGGGGUGUAUUCUAAUAGAGGCAUCAAAAAAGCAUGUCAGUUUCAUAUACAACAGAAAAGUAAAGACCUUGAUAAGGACAAAAUGCAGCAAAUGUUAGACCAGCUCUUGUCUCACUUGUGUAUCUCUUCUGAUGAUUCCUUUGAUGAUGUGGAUUUUGGAUUUGGUGGUUCUUCCUGUUCUAAGAAUAACUUGAAAUGGUGUAUUCCUCUGGAAAGAAAGGAGAAGUUUAAUGGUGAUGAAAGACCGUUUUUUCAGCUAGAAGAACAUUCCCAGCUUAAUGUUGAAGAGUCUUCCUGCCAAAGUGGGAGGUCAAAAGAAAAUUCAUAUGUAGAAGUUAGUGACCAAGACAAUUCAGAUCACAGUCUUAGUAGUCAAACUAGUAAUUUGGGAAAUAAAUUAACAGAAGAAAACAAAGAUGAUGAUGAUACAGUGGCUAGUUCUCCAUGUUCAUCAGGUUCGAAACAUGUUCUGUCAAGGACAAGCACUGUAAAUGACAAAUAUAGCUCUUCUGUUUGCAGUGAUAACUAUACCAGUCAACUGUCUUAGCUUUAAUAAUGGAUAGUAAGGUUUAAAUUAUCAGAAGAAGACAAACAAGUUUGGGUAGAGGUUAAUAACUAGGUAGGUGCUAAGGCUUGAAUUGUUGGUUAUAUAUACGAGUAAAAGAUGAACAAGUUUGAGUUGAUAACUAGAUAGAUUCUAAGACUUAAAUUCUUGGUUAUCUGUGAGUACAAGAUAAACAAGUUUGGGUUGAAUGUAGUAAGUAGACAGAUGAUAAGGUAUGAAUUCUUGGUUAUCUUCGUAAAUACAAGAUGAACAAGUUUAUAUUAAGUGUAAUAACUAUGUAGAUACUAAGAUUUGAUUUGUUGGUUAUCUGUGUGAGUACAAGAUUAACGAGUUCAGGUUGAGGGUACUAACUAGAUAGAUGCUAAAGUGUAAAUUAUGGGUUAUCUGUGUGAGUAAAAUCUGAAGAAAUUUAGGUUGAGGCUAAUAUCUAUAAACAUACUAAGGCUUGAAUUGUUCGUUAUGUAUUUGAAUACAAGAUGAACAAGGUUGAAUUGAAGGUAAUAACUUGAUAGAUGCUAAGACUUGAAUUAUGAGUUAUCUAUGUGAAUACAAGAUGAACAAAUUUGAGUUGAGGAUAAAUAACAAGGUAGGUGAUAAGGCUUGAAGUGGUGUUUAUCUGUGUGAGUACAAGAUGAAAAAUUUUUAUUUGAGGGUAAAAGAUAGAAUUUCUGCACCUAAUAGUAGCUCAAUUAGUCAAACUGCCAACUGUGAUUGAAAUUGAUUUUGUAUGUGUUUUUACUUAAUGGAAACCAGUUUCACUUGGUCAAACCUAAUCCUAAUAGUUUUUAUGUAUUUCAACCAAAGAUAAAUUGCAGUCAAGAUAUUAUUACACUUUUAUAAAAUUUUGGCUUUUAAAAUAGUAAGUUCAGUCCAAUGAAUCAGUAUUGAAAGUUUUAGUUUUGACCUAUUGUUUUCGAGACACCUUGACAACAGUCAGUAACUCUUUUCUAACUAAAUCAGUUCUCAUGCCCGUGUUGGUAUGAGUGUGAAAUGUAGUAAUAUUUUAUUUUACUAGUAGUUGUAAAUUAAAUGUCAUACAAAUUAAUUAAUUAAAAAAGAAGGAUAAAUUGCUCAUGUUUCUAGAACCUUAGAUAAACAUUAUAUAAUAGUGUGUAAAGGUUGCCAGUUCCUUGUGUUUGCAGGAAAUUAAAAGUACUGGUUUCUUAAAGCUUAUAUAUAUAUAUUUCAUAUUUUCAUAAAGUUUGUGAAAGUUGAACCACUAUAGAGUUUCAUCUAAAUUAUUUGGGUUUUGGUGAUGUAUAUAUGGGGUGGCUCAAAAGUAGGUAUACAGUUACUAAUGGAUAAUAUGUUUAAAGUAAUUAAAUUUAAAUUAAAGUAUACAGUUGAUAAUUUAUUUAAUGGCACUCUACACCUCACAUAGAAUUAUGGGAAAGUUAAUCCCGCAGGUGUUCAAAUUAAAACCCCAUGCUGUUCACACAAUUCUAGAGUCUGCCUGCCACACUUCUGUAAAUUAGUCUGUGGUGUAUCCUUUCAUUUCGUCAACAUUCAAUGAUUUCCUACCAUACACUUUGUCCUUGAGUACUCCCCAGAAGGAAAAGUCCAUAUACAACUGUAUACCUACUUUUGGACCACUCUGUAAAAUUGAGCAGUAGUUUAUUUGGAAAUCUUUUCCUCUAUAAUAAUAUGCAAAAAUUGAAGCCAGUGCACUAAUUUUAAUCCUCUUUAGGCAAGUAAUGUUAUGAAUAUUUUGACACUGUGGAUAAUAUUUCAGCUUAAAAAAAAA